AUCGAUGAGCACAUCCGUCAUCCGCCGCCAUUUGCCAUAAGGAGGCCGAUCGCUGCUCUGCGGCGUGAGUGUUGUUCGUAUGACUAUGUCGAGUGUUUAAUUGUUAUUUCUAAAAUAAUUGUGAACUGAACGGUCAUUCUUUAAUAGUUAAAAUGAUUGUGAGAUUUUUGAGCGUUUUGUUGGUUGGAGCUGUGCUGGUUGCAGCGCACAACGGAGAAGGAAACGACGACAAAGAAGACAUUCCAUAUCUGGAGUUGGCAGAGCCCGAUGAAGGCUACCACGGACUGAUAAAGGAGAAUGAGACCCUUGUGGAAGUUAGGCCGACUAUCAGGGCGAGGGGUCCGCUCUGCUCCUUCCUCAUCCUCAACAACAAACACCAUGGGGAAGCUCCAUUUGAGAUAAUGGUGAUCGACGAGAACGAGGCGCGGCUGCGCGUGCGCUACCCGCUCAACUGCGAGAAGCGCCGCAACUACAAGUUCGACAUCGCCGCAGUCGGCUGUGACGGAUCCUACUCCAACACUGUACCGGUGCACAUAACAGUGACGGAUGUCAACGAGUUCCCGCCGGUGUUCAGCCAGGCGACGUACGUGCGCUCCAUCGACGAGGGCAAGAUAUACGACGAGAUACUGCGGGUGGAGGCGACCGACCGCGACUGUACGCCGCGCUACGGCGAUAUCUGCAAGUACGAGAUCAUCACGGACCGGAGCCAGCCGUUCGCUAUCAACAGUGAAGGAGUGAUCCGCAAUACGGAGCCUUUAGACUACGAAAAGUCGCACAACCACAUACUGUCGGUGGUCGCCUACGAUUGCGGGAAGAUGCAAUCUGCGCCCGUCAUGGUGACCAUCAAAGUGAACAAACCGUGCAGGGCUGGAUGGAAAGGUAUCGCGGAACGAGUGGACUACGCCCCCGGCACAGGACCUCUGGCGCUGUUCCCGGCGGCGAGACUGGAGGCGUGCUCCAGUGACCAGAGAUGUCCCGGCGUCACUCGCAUCCAGGCCGCCAUCACGCUGCAGGCGUCACGUGCAGGCGUGGCCUGCGACAGAGACACGUACACGUUACACGCGCAGAAGACUAUCUGUGGACUGGACCCAAAAACAAUCGACCUGCUGCCAAGCCCUGGGGUAGGCAACGAGUGGGCUAAAUCCUUGAAGCCCGACUCAGGUCGCGAUGGAGAGCAGAUGUUCGAGUUCGACGGCGAGUCCACAUCGGCCGUGGUGCCCGAGAGCAUCCAGCGUCACUCCAUCGGCAGCACGUUCGCCGUGUCCACGUGGCUGCGACACGCGCCGCCGCCCGACCACGACAAACAUCGCAAGGAGCACGUGCUGUGUCUCGCCGACGAUCACAAGAUGAACAGACAUCACUACGCCCUGUUCGUGAGGAACUGUCGGCUGAUACUGUUACUGCGGCGGGACUUCGGCGAAGGCGACCUGAACAUCUUCAGACCUGCCGAGUGGAGAUGGAAGCUUCCAGAGGUGUGCGAUGACGAAUGGCAUCACUACGCGAUUAACGUGCGCUUCCCGAACGUGGAGUUGUUCGUGGACGGUGAACCGUACCGCGCGCUCGACGGCAAGGGUCCCGAGGUCAUUGACGACUGGCCGCUGCACCCUGCCCAGGGUAUCAACACCACGCUGGUCGUGGGAGCUUGCUGGCAAGGCACAGAGAGUGAUAUGAAGCAUCACAUGCAUGGAUGGAUGGCUGGACUUGGAGUUCUGGAGGGAACUGUACAUUCAAGUGCAGCGCUGCGGUGUGCCGCCAGAUGCAGGGAGGGUCUGUCGCUAGCACCUGAUCUAUACUUGAAGUCGGUGUCGGUGGAAGGUGACGGCGUGUCGGAAGUGGAGACACUGGUUCGUCGCGUGGCGUACGGAGACGCGCGCUCCUUCCCCACACCUGGCAGGAGGAACGUGCAUCUCGAUACCACCAUUACUUGCGACAACGGACGGGUGAUCAAGGCACGCCCGGCUGAGUCCUAUGUGAUGGUACUGUCGCCCCAAACCCCCACCAUCAUGCUGAAUGGCAGCGCGGACGCGGCGUGGGACUAUGCCCACUUUAGAGCUGGUCUGCCGGUCUUCCCGGACUUGGAAGUGAGGGUACUGGGCAAUCGGGAUACCGAGAAAGUACCGGAGAACCAGAAACUGGAUUCCUGCGUGGUGUCAGUGUACCCGGCCCUUAAUCCGGACCAUGAGGCGCUGUCACUCCGCGGACACUCCACGUUGCCCGCUACCGACAUCCAGGCCACGUUGACCAGGGACGGAGCCAACCUCGUCGGCACUGAUAAUGUCAACAACUACCAGAAGGUUCUGCGCGACAUCGAAUACAGCAACAAGAAACCCGCUUACUACCUGAACCGGGUCUUCAAGCUGACUUGCUCCGAGCUUAACGGCCGCUUCACCAGCAACGAAUACGUGCAGACGCUGACUGUGGUACACCCCCGUGCAGUCAACGACAUCCAUGCGCAGAGACCCUCCGGCGUGGCUGACAAGAUGGACGUCGCUAGAGACAAGGUCGCUCAGGAGGCAGCUAUUGCGGCGACGGUGCCCCGAGCGUUCGCCGCCCAUGCCAUGCACACCGGACACUCGGCUGACCUGCCGCAACCCAGGCUGCUGGAUCUGCAUCACGAGAACAACAACGUAGCCCUGUUGAUCGGCGCGGUUUGCUUCGGAGCUGUGGUGGUUCUGGUCGCACUGGGAGUCGCCCGCGCCCGCGCCGCGCGCCAGCACCGCGAGUCCGACACUCGCAAGACGGUCGCGCGACACCGCGUGCCGCACGACGCGGAGAUGGCCUGGGACGACUCGGCGCUCACUAUCACCGUCAACCCCAUGGACGAGAGCGCGACCGAUUGUGGUGUCGUGGCCACACACUCGGCUGGUGGCGAGACCACGGAUGGUGAGUCCUGCUCGGAUUCCGACUCCGACAGGCAAGACUCCUCCGAUGAAGAAGAUGAGGUGAUAACAGGCAAGCAGCACAAGUAUAGAAACAUAAGCCAGCUGGAGUGGGACAACAGCACGAUGUAGAUCGCGCCGUCCCGCUCGGGCAGUACUUAACGCACCCUAUCGCCGUCUCACUCUCGCCCGCGCCACACCUGCUCUACCCCUCUCGCUCGCACACUUGUGACGUUUCAUAGGAUGCUUAACUGCCUGCAAAUGUCUUACCGCACGGUAUUACACAAAAAAAGUUUAAUAGUGUGGAGUUGAAUGGAAAAGUUAUAAAAAUGUCAAUAUUUUAACUCGUGGUGGGGUGGUCUUUGGAGGUAUUGAACGAAAAAGUACUUAAAAAUCCCUAAUAUUUCUUAUAUUAGGAAUAUUUAUAAUGUCUAAUAGUGAUAAUAUUAGACCGAAUGGCUGCCUCAAACUAAAUCCUUUACAAACUUUUUUGACAUGGCGACAGCGUCAAAAAUACCAAAUAUUAUUCAAAAGUAUCAAACAAACCAUAUAUGGAUCUCCUUGUUACAAUACUGACAAACAAGAAAGUCUUAGAAGCAACUUUUUAUAAUUCUGUCCCGAAGCAUAUAUUAUUUAGGUCAUUAACCUCUUAAAGACCUGUGUCUGUAGUUGUCGCACACUUAUGAGGACUUUUUUGUGCAUAUUGUGCGUUAAGACAAUUGUAGGAGAAUAUUGAAUAAGGAUAAAUGUGAAUGAAUGCAGGUAUUUUAUUGAAAGCAUUUUAAGCCCUUUUGGUAUAAACUUAAAGUUGUUUCUUCUAAAACAUGUUUGUAAUGAAACGUCCGCAAGAUAAGCCAGAGUUAUCAAUAAGGAAUUGAUUUUGUAAUAUUGUAUUCGAAUUUUAACCUUAUCACAACCGUAUAAGGCUAAGAUUACAUAAUCAUCGGUUACUUAAAAGCGCGUGGUCGAACCAUGUACAGACGCGACGAAAGCUUCAUUAAAUUGAAUUUUGUCUGUAAGUACACACUUUCGUACGUUACUGUACAUGGCACGUUUCUGUUAGUUAAGUCUCAAAUGAUCAUAUCAAAUUUAUACGUAUAAAAAUUUUUCCCCGCUUGCUUUGUUCUCAAACAUAGAUGUCGCUUUACUUUAAUUUUCUAACACAAUAUAUCGAAUAGUUGUAUACUAAUGUAAGGUUUAGGUAGAAUUAUUUGUGUACAAUAUAAACCUCUAGCGGUUCUGUGGUUCAUUCCUUGCUGAAUUAUGACGUCACGCCCCCGUGACGUCACUGCAUUUAUUUGACAGUACAAGUGCGUUCCAUUGCACGCACAAUCACGUACAAAUACGCAAAUAGAUUUAUUUGAGAAAUACAGUCCACAUACUAUCCUAUACGAGCUUCUCAAUCGGCUUAAAUGUAUAUUAGGCACAGAGUUAUGAAAAUAGAUAAAGAAACUUAUAAUUAGGUAUCUCUAUUAAUUAUAUAUAUAUUUUGAAUGCGUUAAGGGAAUUUUUACUAACAAUCUAGGUACUAAGUGGCUAUGUGGUAGUUGUGGCCGGCACGCGCACAAACAAAAUGUCGAGCGGGCUUGUCUUAUUUUUCGUUGUGAGCGUACCUACCAUAUGCAGCUUCUGCAGUUUUCUGUUCUCCUGGUACUUAGGUACAAAAAUAUUGUCACCGUGUUUUACUUUAACUCGGAAUUGUUUCGUUUGAUAGGCUAUCUCUGUCUCAUAUUUGUUUUCUAAAUAUUUAUUUAUAUAUUAAAAAGGAACCUAGGCCAGUUUCUGCAAAACAUGGAUGAAGUCGAAAUUGGCAAACUGUUUUGAAAUUAAUUAUUGUUUGGAAUUAUUUCCCUGAACCAUUUGGAGGCAUAUAUAAUACAUAACAGUGAGCUGUUCUUCUGUUACAUGUGUGGCAAGGGUUCAGCCAUUCUGAUCAUUUUAAGAUACAAAAUUGAAUGCAUACUAGUGUGAAACUAUUCAUGUAAUGCAUAUGUGUGGUAAUAACUGAAUAGAUGAUGGUGAUAAGCAGUAUUACUUGUAAUGUGUUUUUUUAAUCAUUCUGAUAAUUUGAGGAUUUCGUGCAAUUUAACAUAAUGGAAUGGAUGAAGACCCGUAAUAAAAUCCAUUCCGAUGAAAAGCUGUAUUUAUUAGUAGCAGUAAACUUUUUAUUUAUUUUAAUGAAUUGACGACCCAUAUUAGUAUACCGAUAUUAAAACACGUACCGGUGUAUAGCCUUAUUCUUGCAAUGUUUGUGGUAAAAUUUUCUAUCAACCGGAUUCAUUGAAUACCCAUAAUGGUACUAAUACCGGUGGAAGGUAGUUCUUUAUAGAAUGAUGUAAAAUUAUCAAAUUUAAAAAUACACAAAGUUCAUGCAAUUUCACACGAGACUAUUCAUAUUAUUAUUAUUAUAAACCUGUUUUCACAACAGUACUGUUAGAUAUUACUUAUUUGAAUUAUAGAAUUUGCAAGUUAUGCUCACAAUUGGCAUCAAAAUGUUGUUUCUGUUUCAUUUCUAACGUCGUGCCGUCUCGCUCGCACCGAUCGUUCCGUCUCUUUAGGAUUGCAUAAAAUAUUUUGGCCAUAUUAGAAUGUAUUAUUAUUAUUAUUAUUGGACUAAAGCAAUCGUGAACAUAAUCAUUGGUGUUUCUUGUCUGUUAAAGUAUUCUGUCCCUUUCGAAUGUUUUUUCUAUUAAAUAUAUUUUCUUGUUGCGUGUGCCGUAAAUUUUUUUUACAUUUAAUGCAUUUUUUUUAGUACAACAUUACUGAUUUAUGUGUAAUGUUAAUUUUUUUUAAAUAAUUGUGUAUUUCAUUUUUUAUUUUAGUAUGCUUUUUUAUAUGGCAGCUAUUGACAUUGUCAAAUUCAUACAACUGUACGUGAUUUGUUUUAACAUUUCGCGUGUACCAGAUAAGUUAGUAAGUUGUAACUUAAGACGAACAUGUUUUCGCUUGUUUAGAGCCAUGUGGCCAGGACAGUGUCGUGUUUCAAUUGUUUACUAGUGCCAUUGUGUUGUGUCCUGGAUGUAAGGCUCAUUUUUGUUUACAUCUCGACGACCGUCCAUUGUCAAACAAUUACCGGUAGCUCAGCACAUAGAGCACAAUAAUUAUUAUUCGUUUAAUGUGGGUAGUUUAACAUUUUAUUAAAGAAUUGAUUUUUUUUACUUUUUAUUGCGGUAUUAUAAUUGUAUUUAGGGAACUUCUUUGAUGUAUGAAUUAUUAUAUUUUAGCUAAAAAUAAAGUUGGUUUAAAAUAAGAA